AUGUCGGGCCAGGAGGAGUUGGAAGUGGCGGCCCGAGCCAUGGCGACUACCUGCCGCCUCAUGCUGAUCCUGCUUCUUGCCAUCGCCGCGGCGGCGUCUCACCCGGCGCACGAGUUCUGCGCGGCAGCUGGAGGAGGAGGAGGCGCCGCCAGCUGCGGCGGAGGGGACGGCACGAGGAUCCUGAUCAAGGGCGGGACGGUGGUGAACGCGCACCGGGCGGAGGAGGCCGACGUGUACAUCGAGGACGGCGUGGUCGUCGCCGUCCGGCCAAACAUCCCGGUUGGUGACGAUAACGUCAAAGUGAUUGAUGCAACUGGAAAAUAUGUCAUGCCAGGUGGAAUCGACCCGCACACCCACCUGGAGAUGGAGUUCAUGGGGACUGUAACCAUAGAUGACUUCUUUAGUGGUCAUGCUGCAGCGCUAGCUGGUGGGACAACCAUGCACAUUGACUUCGUCAUUCCAGUAAACGGAAACUUGACUGCAGGCAUCGAAUCCUACAAGCACAAGGCAGAAAAAUCUGCUAUGGAUUAUGGAUUUCACAUGGCCAUUACGAAGUGGGAUGACGAGGUUUCCAGGGAAAUGGAAGUGAUGGUCAAGGAACAUGGGAUCAACUCUUUCAAGUUUUUCAUGGCAUACAAGGGUUCCUUGAUGGUCACCGAUGACCUCCUCCUGCAAGGCUUACAGAAAUGCAAGUCUCUUGGUGCCCUGGCUAUGGUUCAUGCAGAAAACGGGGAUGCUGUUGCUGAAGGACAACAGCGGAUGAUCGAUCUUGGGAUAACUGGUCCAGAAGGGCAUGCUCUGUCAAGACCUCCAGUUUUGGAAGGUGAAGCAACUUCCCGGGCAAUUCGAUUAGCAAAAUUCGUAAAUACGCCGCUGUAUGUUGUUCAUGUGAUGAGCAUUGAUGCAAUGGAGGAGAUUGCCAAGGCUAAAAGAGAAGGGCAGAGAGUCAUCGGCGAACCAGUGGUAUCUGGGCUAGUCCUUGAUGAUUCUUGGCUUUGGGAUCCUGACUUCGCAACUGCUUCAAAGUACGUGAUGAGUCCUCCAAUCCGGGAAGCAGGGCACGGUAAAGCACUUCAAGCUGCUCUUUCAUCAGGAAUAUUACAGCUUGUGGGAACUGAUCAUUGCACCUUCAAUUCCACUCAGAAAGCUUUUGGUUCUGAUGACUUCAGGAAGAUUCCCAACGGUGUAAAUGGUAUUGAAGAAAGGAUGCAUAUAAUCUGGGAUACUAUGGUGGAGACUGGAAAGAUCACUGUCACCGAUUAUGUGAGAGUGACAAGCACAGAAUGCGCCAAGAUCUUCAACAUAUACCCUCGGAAAGGUGCGAUCCUCGAGGGAUCAGAUGCAGACAUCAUCAUCCUAAACCCCAAAAGGAGCUUUGUGAUGGGUACCCACACUCACCAUUCAAGGUCCAACACAAACGUGUAUGAGGGCAGAAAAGGGAAGGGACUGGUAGAGGUCACCAUCUCAAGAGGGCGAGUAGUAUGGGAGGAUGGCAAUCUGAAUGUUGUGCCCGGCUCAGGAAGGUACAUCAGGACGCCACCUUUUGGCUACCUCUUUGAUGGCAUUGAGAAGUCUGAUGCCAUCUACAGAGCUGGCCUCCGAGCUCCUGUAGUACGUAGCAAAGCUGCGGCUUAACUGUGCGUCUGUGCCCAUGGCUGUUUUUAUUGUCCCUGAGCUUCAUUGUAUAUAAGUACAACCAGCCAUAUUUAUAUUUAGGUUCAAGAUAAGUGAAAUUGUAAAGUUACCUAUGUAUACAAGACAGAUUUUUUUCCUUUUUUUUUGUGAGGAUACAUACCACGUUUUUGAUUAAGGAAGCACAUAUUCGAUUAAGUUC